AUGCGGUCGAACGCCCUUAAGGCUACCAGCACUGGAUCUAGAGCUGCAAGAAUUGCCGUCCACUCCCAUAUCCAUGGUCUCGGCCUCGAUGAAGAUGGUCUAGGAAAGGAAGACGGGCAAGGGUUUAUUGGCCAGCGGGGCGCAAGAGAGGCUUGUGGGCUUGUGUUAGAUCUUAUCCGUACGAGGCGGUUCUCUGGACGGGCUUUGCUCUUGGCUGGCGGACCUGGAUCCGGAAAAACAGCGCUGGCACUAGCAAUGGCUCAGGAGCUAGGUCCUAAAGUGCCUUUCUGCCCAAUGGUUGGAAGCGAAGUUUACAGCAAUGAAGUAAAAAAGACAGAGGUUUUAAUGGAAAACUUUCGCCGCGCAAUUGGGCUCCGUGUGAAAGAAACGAAGGAGGUCUACGAAGGCGAAGUGACAGAACUGACGCCAGCAGAAACCGAAAAUCCACUUUCAGCUUACGGCAAAACCAUUUCACAUGUAGUAGUCUCACUUAAAACUGCCAAGGGUACCAAGCAGCUUCGGCUCGAUCCAAGCAUUUUCGAUAGUAUUCAACAGGAGAGAGUCACCGUCGGGGAUGUGAUUUACAUCGAGGCCAAUACCGGUGCUGUCAAGCGUGUGGGUAGGUCAGAUGUAUUCGCAACAGAGUUCGAUUUGGAGGCAGAAGAAUACGUGCCACUACCUAAAGGAGAGGUUCACAAGAAGAAGGAAAUUGUACAGGAUGUCACUCUCCAUGAUCUCGACAUGGCUAAUGCGCGGCCUCAAGGUGGUCAAGAUAUCAUGAGCGUCAUGGGUCAAAUUGUCAAAGGUAGAAGGACAGAAGUGACUGACAAAUUGCGCGAAGAAAUCAACAAAGUCGUCGAUCGGUACAUCGCACAGGGAAUCGCCGAACUCGUCCCCGGUGUAUUAUUUAUCGACGAAGUCCACAUGUUAGACAUCGAAUCGUUUACUUACUUGAAUCGGGCACUAGAAUCGGCAAUAUCUCCUCAUGUUAUCCUUGCCACAAAUCGAGGCAUGUGCACGAUCAGGGGUACAGAAAAUGAACUAGGAUCCGGUUCAGCCAGCUCAGAGGGAAUCAUCGCACCCCACGGGAUACCCGUCGAUCUGUUAGAUAGAUGUAUGAUUGUCCGGACGGUGCCCUACAACCGGGAAGAGCGCAAAACAAUAUUGAGUCUGAGGGCUAAAGUCGAAGAUCUCAAAGUGGAUGAAGCCGCUCUGGAGAAACUUGCGGACCGGGCCAUGGAAACUUCUCUUCGAUAUGCCCUACAAUUAUUGACACCCAGUGCAAUCCUGAGUACCGUUUCUGGACAAGAAGGCAUCAAUCUGCAGGAUGUUGGAGAAACUGAUAACUUAUUUAUGGACGCAAAGUCGUCAGCGCGGAUGCUGGCAAAUUAUGAAGGUCAAUAUAUCCGAUGA